GCAAACCAGCCCGGAAACAGAGCAGAGAGAGAGAGAGAGAAACCAGCAGCGAAUCCCACACAGGAUCCGCCUUCCCUUCCUUUUCCUACCCCCGAUCGAAACAGAGAGCUAGCUAGAGAGAUAGAUAUUCCCGCGAAUCUUCUGCUCCGAUUCCAAGCCCGUCCCGGUCUCGAUCCCGUCCCACGCCCCCUCCCUCCGCCUUCAAUCCUUCUUCAUCGGUACCAGAGCACCCCUGCGGCGGCGGCAGUUCGAGUCGAAUCGCUCCUCCUCCUUCGUCUUCGUCAGGCAUGUGCGUGGAGGGAUUCGAGGACGCGCAGAUCGAGAGGCCGGCAGAUUUCGCGAUGGAGAGAGUCUGUGAGAACACAGUGUCCAUUGAUUUCAAGCAAGCCAAGAUGGUGACUGCGAUGGGAGAAAGUUGGCACAAUUUUGUUCCAGCUAUCCGCUCAGGGGAUUGGUCUGACAUUGGUGGCCGUGAUUACAUGGAAGAUGCGCAUGUGUGCAUCCCCAACCUAGCCAAGAAUUUUGGUUACAACAUGGUGGAUGAUGAAGUUAUUUCCUUCUAUGGGGUAUUUGAUGGACAUGGUGGAAAAGAUGCCGCACAGUAUGUUCGCGACAACUUGCCGCGGGUCAUCGUGGAAGAUGCUGCUUUUCCUCUUGAGCUUGAGAAGGCAGUCAGGAGGUCGUUUAUGCAAACUGACAGUCAGUUUGCAGAGAAGUGCUCUCUCCAGGAUGGGCUUUCUUCUGGAACAACUGCACUUACAGCAAUGAUUUUUGGAAGGACUCUUCUGGUCGCAAAUGCUGGUGAUUGCCGGGCAGUCCUUUCCCGGCGCGGCGCCGCAAUCGAAAUGUCCAAGGACCACAGAACCUGCUGCCUGAACGAAAGAAAGCGUGUGGAAUCUCUAGGCGGCUACGUCGACGACGGCUAUCUGAACGGCCAGCUAGCGGUGACCAGAGCGCUCGGGGACUGGCACCUCGACGGCCUCAAGGAGAUGGGCAAGCCGGGAGGCCCGCUGAGCGCCGAGCCGGAGCUCAAGAUGAUCACGCUGACCAAGGACGACGAGUUCCUCAUCAUCGGCAGCGACGGCAUCUGGGACUACUUCUCCAACCAGAACUCGGUGGACUUUGCGCGGCGGAGGCUCCAGGAGCACAACGACCUCCGGCGGUGCUGCAAGGAGAUCGUGGAGGAGGCGAUCAGGCGGGGCGCCACCGACAACCUGACGGCGGUCAUGGUCUCGUUCCACCAGGAGGCCCCUCCCCAGAUCAGGGUGAACAGGGCGGGCAGGGUCGAGCGGAGCAUCUCGGCCGAGGGGCUCCAUAGCCUCAGGGUGCUCCUGGAAGGCCAGUGAUCUCCGACGACGGCGCGCCAUUGUCGCCUUCUUCUUCUUCUGCAUUGCUGAGUGUCAACUGUAAGUACCGAUCCACCGUCGUCGUCGACAUGCCAGUUGUGGCUCCAUUGUUACCUUGGAGGAAUAAAACCAACGAACCUGGAGAUCUCACCCGCCAUUGUGAAUUGUGAGGCACCUGUAAAUAUAUGUUGGGAGCUUAAUUAGGGUGGUAAGGGAGUCAGUAGCGUGCAUCCAGGGGGCUUUGAGGCUCAUUAUGAGAUGAGAUGAGAUAUGUUGUUCCCCUGUUUAAGUUUUGUCUGUAAAAGAAACCAUUCUCUGGUUAUUGUGUUAUUGUAUCAGUGUAACUUGAGUUGUCUCAUGUGAUGAGCCAUCGCCUCGUUGAUCACUGAUAUGAUGAGAUGUGUUCUUCCCCCCGUUUAA